AUGCUGUACAUCGUGGGCCUCGGCCUCGGCGACGAGCGCGACAUCACGGUGCGGGGGCUCGACACCGUCCGCAGCUGCUCCAAGAUAUACAUGGAAGCAUACACCUCCCUCCUCUCCCUCGGCCUCGACCCGGCCGCGCUAGCCAACCUGGAGAAGCUGUACGGGAAGGAGAUAACGGUCGCCGAUCGGGAGAUGGUGGAGGACCGCGUCGACCAGGUGCUAAGCAAGGCUGCCGACACUGACGUCGCCUUCCUUGUUGUUGGCGACCCGUUCGGGGCAACUACACAUACUGAUCUGGUUGUUCGUGCCAAGAAAAUGGGGGUAGAAGUGAAGGUGAUCCACAAUGCAUCUGUCAUGAAUGCAAUUGGAGUUUGUGGGCUGCAACUUUACCGCUAUGGAGAGACUAUCUCAAUACCAUUCUUCACAGACGAAUGGAGACCAGAUAGUUUCUAUGAGAAGAUUCAGAACAAUCGCAAGCUUGGGCUGCACACACUUUGCCUGCUUGAUAUCCGUGUCAAGGAGCCGACAUGGGAAUCUUUAGCCAGAUUUAAAGAUCAUUUUCUUCCAGCAUAUGGCAGGGAUACAUUGUGCAUAGGAGUGGCUCGACUCGGAAGUGAUGACCAGAAGAUUGUUGCUGGGCCUAUGGAGAAGCUACUAGAUGUUGAUUUUGGCCCACCCCUUCACUGCCUGAUCAUAGUGGGAGAGACUCAUCCUUUGGAAGAAGAGAUGCUAGAGUUUUACAUGAUCAAGUAG